CCCCACCACCCCCCACACCCCCCUCUCCUCUCCCCACUCCAAAUCUCCCUCCUCCUCUUCGUCUUCUUCCUUCCCCCUUGGGCACUUGGCCUAGCUACUAGUACUACUUCCCCCAUGCCCCUCCACUCCUAUGAUCCUUCCUCCUCCCCACCCUCCCUGGUUUCUUGAUCCAUCCUUUCUCAUCCAGAUUUGAGCCCCCGCCUUCUCCGUCCCCCCCGGAUUCCUCGCUUUCUGCCCAGAAAUUUGCUGGCGUUGGGGGGGCUCGGAGAUGUCCGGCGGCGUGCAGGAGCAGUUUGAGAUCAAGUUCCGGCUGCCGGACGGCACCGACAUCGGGCCCAAGAGGUACCCGGCGGCCUCCACCGUCGCCACGCUCAAGGAAUCCAUCGUUGCUCAAUGGCCUAAAGCAGAUAAGGAAAAGGGCCCAAGGACUGUAAAUGACCUCAAGCUUAUUAAUGCUGGGAAGAUAUUGGAGAACAACAAAACCCUUUCAGAAUGCAAAAGCCCAAUUUGUGACUUCUCUGGAUUGACAACAAUGCAUGUCGUAGUUCGUGCUCCUACUUCAGACAAACAGUCCAAUAAAAUAGUUGCCAAGAAGCCAAAGGAUUUCAGGUGUGGUUGUUCCAUCAUGUGACAGCUUUGUGAAUAGUAGCAGUACAGCGAGGAAGUGUCAGCUAUUGAACUCCUCCCCUUUUUUGGCUCUUGCUAGAGUGUUGUAUGAUGCCUGAGGCGCUUUCUCCUUUCAUUUUUCUUUCACUGUAUUAUGGGUGGCUCAUUGCCCAAAAUCCUGAGUUGCAUCGAGUACAUGACUUGAAGUUAUUGGUCUAAAAUCUAAAUUCGUUCCAUCUCAUCCAACUCUUGCAUUCUAGAGUCUCUUAUAUGUUUGACCCUUUGCUCAAUUGUGUUUGGUGCAAGCCUGUUAGUGCUUCAGAUGAACUUUCUGAAACAGGGCAUCAUCGAUAAAGACAGAACUCAGUCAGUUGUGAUUUCCA